AUGGCAGGGGAUCCGCUGAACGAACCGAUACUUGUGACCGGUGGUUACGACCACACGAUCCGCGUUUGGCAACCGUACACCAGCCAAUGUGUCCGCACGAUGCAGCACGUCGACUCGCAAGUGAACUCGUUGGAUAUCUCCCCGAAGCGUAACAUGCUGGCGGCUUGCGGGUAUCAGCACAUCCGGCUGUACGAUCUCGUUUCCAACUAUCCGAUCGUAAACUUCGAGGGCGUAAUGAAGAACGUAACGCGCGUCGGCUUCCAGGAAGAUGGCAAAUGGAUGUUUACCGGGGGCGAGGAUGGUAAGGUGCGGAUCUGGGACAUGAGCUCCCCGAACCCGGCCUGCAAGCGCAUCUUCGACUGUCAAAGCCCGGUGAAUGCGGUUUGCCUGCUGCCGAACCAGGUGGAGCUGCUGAUGGCGCACCAGGGUGGCGGCAUCUACCUGUGGGACGUAAAGUCGGACCAGCACGACCAUCUGCUGCCGGAGGUGGAGUGCUCGAUACAGGAUGUGGCAGUUAGCCCGAACGGUGCUUAUAUGGCCGCUAUCAACAACAAGGGCAGCUGCUUCAUCUGGAUGCUGACGAGCUGGAGUGGGCCACCGGGACAAGAAAUUCAGCUAACCCGGUCCGAUGCAAAGCUGAAGAUACAGGCGCACGAAAAGUAUGGUUUGCGGUGUAAGUUCAGUCCCGACUCGAGCCUGCUAGUCACAUGCUCCGGUGACAGUACGGCACGCAUCUACUCGACCGACACGUGGACAUUGCAGGCGGAGUUGCGCAUCGAUCGGUACUGGGUGUGGGAUGCCGCCUUCAACAAUGACUCCAAGUAUCUUUUCACCGCCUCUUCUGACAGCCUGGUACGAUUGUGGAGAAUCGACACAAAGACGGUUGAGCGCGAGUACGCUGGCCACCUGAAAGCAGUCACUGCACUAGCCUUCCAAGAUGAACCGAUACGCAACUCCACCGACACCUCCGGUACGGGCCUAUCAUCCACCCACUAA